GAGUGUUUGUUGAACAAUUUGUAAGCGUAUUUGGUUAGGUUUUUGAACAAGCUUUAUAUGAAACACUGAUUUUUGCAAAAAAAAAAUAGAAAAAAAGGAUGGAUUUCGAGAAAAUUUGCCGACUAUGCUGUGAAAUUAAAUGUCCACUAUAUUCGAUUCAUAUGGCAUAUGGUAUUUAUUCACCUCAGCAAUUUUUUGGCGAUAUUUUACGACUUGAGCUCUCUCCCGACGAUGGUUUACCGCAAAAGCUCUGUGAAAUGUGUCUAUCUACCAUAACCAAAAUGCAGGAAACAAUUGAAACCUUUCGGGACAACGAUCGUAUGCUUCGUUUGCAGCAAUAUGGACAAUUGGUGCAGGUCGAUAUUAAGGAGGAAAUAUUCGAUAUCGAUGAAAUAGAGCAAGCUACCACCCGUGAGCUGCAAAUCGACAUAAUUGAUGAAAAGAUUGUUGAAGAUGAUAAGGAUAUUGGUGAUCUGAAACAGGACGAUGAAAAAGUUGAUGAAGAAUGGCUGCAGUCCGAAACCGAAAAUAAGUCAGAUGAUAUGCUUGAAGAAAAAAGUCCUCCAAAGAAACCUCGCCGUAAAACGCAAACAAAAAAGCGUGAAGUCGGUGGUCAGAAAAUUCCAAGAGGGCGCAAGGGUGGACGUCCCAGGACACGGUUUAGAGAUCCAAAUUUUCCACGAUUGCAUGACUAUAGAUGUUACAUUUGUAAAAGCGAAUCAUUAGGUACGGCUGAGGCUUUACUGGUUCAUCUCGAUUCUCACUUGAAUGAAGUGCCUUACACAUGCACUGAAUGCGUCUUGGAAACCGUUGUCAUAAAUAAAGUGACGACUCUGAAUAUUCAUAAGCGAAUGCACGAGAACCCGCACAAAUGUCCCCACUGUGACAGACGGUACAGCAACAAAGGGGCCAUCGAUACGCAUGUACAGACAUACCAUCUCGGUGAAAAUGCUCCAUGUCCAUCGCCUUGUGAACAGUGUGGUAAAGUUUGUUCUUCAAAAUCAGCUCUGAAGUACCACCUAAGAAUGCAUAUUAAUGGAAACACUUGCGAGAUUUGCGGUAAAACGUUUGUUGCACAACAUAAACUUCGCCGGCAUAUUGAACGGAAGCAUGAAAAAUUGAAGAAGUAUGAGUGUCAUUUGUGCCACAAAAAGUUAUGCUCGUUGGACUCAGUUCAUGUGCACAUCAAGACAAUGCAUUCGUCCAAGGAAGUGAAAUGUGAAUAUUGCGGUAAAAGUUAUCCUUCAGAGUUUUCUCUCCGUUACCAUCUGAAGAAACAUGAGCAGGACCCGAAUAGUAAGUUUUCGCGCGAUUGGAAGGAAUACUACACUUUCGUAGAAGCUGAAGAGGGUACUAAACCGGAGAAUAGACUGAAAAAAUGCAAUUUAUGUGGGGCGGUUUUGAAGUCCAUUGGCCAUCACAUGCGCUCGAUGCAUUUUCCCACAGAAUAUCGCUGCACGAUUUGCGGAGUGGUUUACAAACGUAAAUCGACACUCGAAACUCACAUCCUGGAACAUGAACAUGGGAAGGCUUACCGAUGCCCGAUAUGCGGAAAAGAGUGUUCAGAGAAAAAGAAUUUCAUUGCACAUCUAAAAACGAAGAAACACCGAGAUCAUCCUUUGGCGCAAUCGCUUGAUUGGCUGGACACGAACAGUGCCUCUGUUCCGGAAGUUCAAGUGAAAAAGUAUGAUUCGGACAGCGAACAGUCUGACUCUAGUAGAAACACGAUGACAUCAAACAGUUAUUGCGACUGAGAGACUAUUGAGUAAUUCUAAUGAUCCAGCUUACUAGCUCUGACGUUUUUUACCGUUUGCUGUACGGUGUAUAGUUAUACUCAGGUUACCUACUGGUGAGUUAGUGGACUUUAGGUACAACAGGUACACUCAUUGUAUGCAUACUAAAAGUUUAUGCAAGGAAAUGGAUAAAAAUCACAGCAGAACAAA